UUCUUCUUCUCUUCUUCUCUUUUUCUUCGUAACCGAACCUGCAACCGAACACCCCUCCUUCUUCUUCUUCUUCUUCUUCUUCUUCUUCUUCUUCUUCUUCUUCUUCUUCCUGUCUUCUUUUUUCUUUUACCAUGACCAACCCAUGUCCGAGCCCUUGUGGAUCUGGCACUCUGUUCUUCUCUCUCUUGAUCUAUCAGAAUAUUUUCUCCAGCGAAAGUCUUACUCUAAAGCUUGAUUUCUCUCUUGGAUCAUUGUCUCUAAUCACUGAAUUUUUAUUGGAUUUUGAUCUAUUUUGGUUAUUUCUGGUUGUGUUUUUACUGAGUUUCGGAGCUGCAUGUUCAUCGGGGAUGGCUUCUUCUUGCGUGAACAACAUCAGAAUGUCACCAAAGAGUUUCCUAGACUAUCCUCCGACUUAUUCAUUGUACGGAUGGUUGAGUCCUAGAAUCUCUUUCAGUCGUGAUUUCCCUGAUUAAGAAUCAAAGAUGAAGGCAUCUCCAGGAACAGAACAACUGGUGAAAUUGCCAGAGAAACAAGAUCUGGAAACUCUUGUCAAAGACUUCGGAGAUUUCGAGUUUAGGCUUGAAGAUCCUGUGACAAUGCUCUCGGCGGACGAGCUCUUCUUCGAUGGGAAGCUUGUAACUCUGCAACUCAACACGGUUCAUCCUGCUAUUGCUUCGGGAACAACGGUGACGUCAGAUGAGAUUAGUUCGCCGGAGACGGCGAAACCAAGACGGAGAGCUGAGGUGUCUAGGAUGGAUCCAUACCUGUUCUCCCCUAAGGCACCGAGAUGUUUGAGUAGAUGGAGGGAGGAAAGGGUUUCUUUGACCAAUGGAGAGAUUGGAGAGAACAAUCUCUGAAGGAGGAGGGAUUUCCCUUCUUUUUCUUUUGGGUUUCGUUCGACUAGUUAAGGGUUUGAGAGGGGUUUCAGAGAGCAGAGAGAAAUCGAAAGAGCAAGAAGCCGGAGUCUUCCCCUUCAUCCUCUUAGGGUUUUUCUUGUUAUAGAUUAUCCAAUCAAAUGCUAAUCUUGAUAUUUCAAAUGGGGAUUGGGAUUAUUACAGACACAGUGGUGGGUUAUCGAUGGAGAAUUGAACUGCAGAAGGAGAUGAGGACUGGGUUUCCACCUUUCUUCACUUCUUCUCUUUUGCUCUCUUCUUCUUUUUCUUCUUUUCCCUAUGGCUGAAACCCUAUCCUGCCUUUUCCUUCUUUCUGCUUGACCCAAUCUGGAAAUUAAUCAAACCUGCAAUCAAUCCAGUUCUGAAUCCGUUUCUUUUUA